CUCAGAACUGUUCCUCGGCACAUAGUCCUGACUGUCACCCUAAGCUUCUUCAAUUGGAAUGCGGAGCUCCGACGGGAAACCUCAUGUCAGCCUCAACCCCGCGCCGACGAUGCUCUCAACUCCUUAGAUGAGAGACCUUGGCUCGAUCGUAAGCUUCAAUCAUCAUGCCAGGCAAACAUGGCAGCAGACAACACCACUGCCAACCCGCUAGAUGAGCGGUUCGAGACCCUCGUCCAAGAAACAUUGGACUACUGGCACGUCCCAGGCAUUUCAAUCGCAGUAGUCGAUGGAGACAACACCUGGGCCAAGGGCUAUGGCAUCGCAGCCUUCCCCGCUGAGCCCGUAACUCCCUCUACGCUCUUCUACGCCGGAAGCACCACCAAAGCCUUCACCGCAGCCCUGAUGGCCACCAUCGUCGAAGAUGACGACAACUUCCCCCAAGUACACUGGGAUACGCCCAUCAGCCAGCUCAACCGCGACGACUUCGUGCUACAUGACGAGCACGCAUCCGAACACACCACCAUCGAAGAUGCCCUAUCUCAUCGCUCAGGCCUCCCCCGUCACGAUCAAGCCUACGGCAACCGUCUCACCCGCGACGAAGCCGUACGAACAAUAGUGCGCCAGCUGCGCCAUCUCCCAUUGACCGCCCCUCCGCGCACCAAGCUCCAAUACUGCAACCUCAUGUACGUCGUCGUCUCCCAUGUUAUCGAGACCCUCACCGGCGGAGAAUGGCUAGGCGACACCCUAGCCCGCACCAUCUGGCAUCCCCUCGGCAUGAAAUCUACCUACUUUAACCUCAAUGACGCCAAAUCAUCCCCUCACCACCUGGCCCGAGGAUACUACCAUACCCCCAGCGACGGCGACAAUGACAAUGACAGCAACCACUACAACGAAGUCCCCUGGAUGUCACUAGACGAAAUUUCCGGCCUCUACCAAACAGAGCCCCUAUCGCCAGCCGUAUACAAAGCGAUCUUCGAACCGCGGACUUUACUACCCUCGGAGGAGCCGUUCACGGGCCCGCGCGCAUACGCUCUGGGUUGGUACACGGGCGUGUACCAAGGCGUGCAGUUCUUCGAGCAUACGGGGGGCAUGAAUGCGUUUGGGGCGGAGGUAAUCUUGUUCCCGAGUUUGAAAUACGCGGUUGUCAUGCUGGCCAAUACAGCCGGGACGUCGAAUUACGCGCAGAAGGCGUUGGCGUUUCGGUUGGUGGAUGAGAAGCUAGGUGUGCCGGUUGAGAGGUUUGAUUGGAAUGCGAAGAAUAUGGCGCAUAUAGAAGAGGAGAGGAAGAAAGCCCUUGAUGCUAUUCAUAAGGCUCCCGCGCAUGUGAUACCGCAUUCGUUGGAGCUAGGGGAAUAUGUGGGGACGUAUGUGCACCCGGGCUAUCAGACUGUUGAGAUUUACCUUGAUCAGUCGAAAACUAUAUUGCGCGCUGACCGGGAUCGUACGACCUGGCCGGAGUAUCUAUCCUUUAAGCAUGUUAAUGGGGAGCAUUUUCUCGCUAUAUCGGAGCAUGUUGGAGACUUGGGGGCUUCUUUUCCUGAUGUCUAUGCGGCGGAGUUUCGCAUCGGGGAGAAGGGGAAGCCAUGCGCGCUUGGGGUAGCGUGGGAGAAGACUAUGAAGGAGAAGAUAUGGUUUACGCGGUUGGAUUGAUUGUUUAGAGUGAUUUAUGCGUGUCUCGAUUUAGAGAGGGGGAGUAUCAAUCAUUUUAACAGUGGUACCUUGCGAGGUUCAACUGAGCAUCUACUAUUAAUAUACAUGAGCACACUGCAGAAAACAGUGGCAGAAUUAUUG